GACCCGGGAAACCGGCCUCUUCGUAAUCGGGCGCGCCGAGAUUCGUGUCUCCCGUGCCGGCACCGCCUCGCUGCCACAUCCCCGGGCGCACCGCCGCCCGAAACACAAACACACCUCGACUCGAAUCUGUUCGUGGAACACACAACCUUACCGGCCGGCCGCCACCGCGAGAUGCCUCGGAAGUCGUCCAAGGCGAGGCGUGCGGCUGCGCAAGGUACAGUUGGACCCACGCCCACGCCGAGGCCGCCCCAGAAGGCUGCCGCCCCAAACCCUAACCCCGCCACCGAGCUCCCCCACGCCGCCGCCGCUGCCGCCGUCGCCGAGGACCUUAAGGUCCCCGAUGCUGGGACGUCCGCCACCGCAGAGGCUCUGGAGCUCCUCCACAUCUCCUCCGCUUCUGAUGGUGAUCCGCCGUCUCCCAAGCCCGAAGCCCCUCCACCGCCUCAUCUGCCGAUGAAGGCGUCGUCGUCUGGGAGGGCUGCGGUGGGCCGGAGCCGGGAGGAGGAGGCUGUAACGAAGCUGCAGGAGCUGGUGAGGGUUAGUGGGGAGGAGGUGGAGUUGACUGAGGAGCAGGUGCGCACCAAUGAUCAGAGGCAGGAGGACGAGAUCUGUGCCUUGGAAGCAAUUUUCGGAGAUGCUGUAGUUAUUUUCGACAAAAAUAGAGGCCAGCGGUCUUUCCAGGUUCAUGUGCAUAUCGAGAUUCCAGAUGCUAUAGAUGUGUCAACAAAGCUUAGUUAUGGUGAUGGAACAUUAAAAUAUGGGGCAACAUGUGAUGGCGAUGCUGGUGACCUUGUUUACAAGUUUAGAGUUGAGCAUUUGCCUCCAAUUCUGCUAACAUGUCUCCUUCCUUCAUCAUACCCAAGUCAUCGCCCUCCGCUUUUCACUAUCUCCAUGGACUGGCUUGACGAAGGGAUGAUUUCGUUGUUAUGUCGCAUGCUUGAUACAAUUUGGGAAGAGCAACGGGGCAUGGAAGUAGCAUAUCAAUGGGUGCAAUGGCUCCAAGUUUCUUCCCUUUCUCACUUAGGGUUUGGUAAUGAGAUAGUUUUAAGCAAGGGUGACGUAGCGUGUGAUGAAGGUGGUGGAGAUAAGCGUGCUUGUGCAGAUAAUGCUUCACCAGAUGUUAUAAUUCCAAGGAUGAUGAGAUACAAUGAUACUAAGCAUCAUGAAGCUUUUUUACAUGCUAUCCAUGACUGCAUGAUUUGUUUCAGCGAGUUUCCUGGUGUUGAUUUCAUCAAACUACCAUGUCAUCAUUUCUUUUGCUGGAAAUGCAUGCAAACAUACUGCAAAAUGAAUGUCAAGGAAGGAAAUGUAGUGAAGUUGCGAUGUCCUGAUACAAAAUGUGAAGGUGGUGUUCCUCCUAAUAUAUUGAAAAGGCUGCUUGGGGAGGACGAUUUUGAACGUUGGGAAGGACUACUACUUCAGAGAACGCUUGACGCCAUGAGUGAUGUUGUUUAUUGUCCGAGAUGUCAAACUGCUUGCUUGGAGGACGUAGGUAAUGAAGCAGUGUGUUCAAGUUGUUUAUUCAGCUUCUGCACACUCUGUAGAAAUCGCCGUCAUGUUGGGGAGAAAUGUUUGUCCCCAGAAGAAAAACUUCUUAUUUUGGAGAGCCGCCAAAAAUCUGGGCAAGUGCAAGGAGAUCAGCAGAAGAUUCUAGAUGAACUACGCAGCCUGAAGGAAAUUCUGAAGGAUGCAAAACAGUGCCCAAAAUGCAAGAUGGCCAUAUCUAAGACAGAAGGAUGCAAUAAGAUGAUUUGUUGGAACUGUAAGGAGUUCUUCUGCUAUCAAUGUAAUCAAGCAAUUACUGGAUAUGACCAUUUCAAGGGUGCAUGCGUGCUUUUUCCUCAGGAGGAAAUUGACAGAUGGGAACUGCAAAUGAAUCAAAGGGUCCAGCGCCAAGUUGUUGCACACGCACAUGCUGAAAUGUAUGCACAGCACGGUCAAGGUCAUCCUUGUCCUACAUGCCGUCAACCAUCUCCAAAGAUCGGAAACAACAACCACGUCUUCUGUUGGGCAUGCCAGAAGCAUUUCUGUGCCCUGUGCAGAAAGACUGUCCACAAGACCGCACAGCAUUUUGGUCCCAAAGGAUGCAAGCAGCAUACGGCAGAUCCCUGAAAGAGUCUUUCGCAUAUGCGCAACAACGCCGUGACGCCAGUGCAAUUUCCAAAGGUUUUGUGCGUGUACACAUAUAUACCUGUCCCAGGAUACACUUUACUCCGACGAUUCCAAGAUUUGGCAGCGAGCAUGUUUUCAAAUCUCCAACCUCUUUGUAUCCACAGUAACCGCUUUGCGGUUUAUAUUCGUGAACAGAGAUCUGGGCCAUUCACUCAUUCAGCCCCGGAUGAACUGUUGAGAAUACCGUAUAUUCAGGAUGCUGAUUGUCUCCUUAAAGUUUCGGGGGG